UUCACCAGUCCACUUUUCGUCCUUUCCCGAGUGUUAACCGAACAACACACACCUUAGCAGCACCACGCUACUAUUCACACAUCCCUCUUUAAUUGUUGCCACCGCUGUAACUCCCUCCACCUCAUUCUCCCACUCCCUCCGCAAACCAAAUGUUGCCUUCCCAUAUCUGUGCCAACGACUAAACUGCAAAAAUCCAAACAGUUCAUUCCUUUUCGACUUCAUCGACCCUAAUUGAGGCUACUCAAGUUCUUUUUUUCUUCAAUUAUCCAAUAACUCGGUACUAUUUGCUACUGAAGAACUGGUCUGUUGCCCUGGUUUUGUAUUUAGUCAAAUGGUCAUGCUGUGAGAGCAAUUCAUUAUUGAAUAGGUUUGAGUGAUUAAUAGGACUGAUGUUCACAAGCAACAAUGUUACCGCCAGGCUUUUUGAGCGCCAGAUUUGUACCCCUUCUCCAGGCACCAGUAUUCAUCGUGCCAGAAGAUUUUAUGAGAACAUUGUACCAAGUUAUACCGUAUAUGAUGUUGAAUGUCCCGACCAUUCAUUUCGCAAGUUCACGGAUGAUGGUCUAUAUCUUGUAAGUUUCAGCCGAAAUCAUCAGGAUCUGAUUGUUUAUAGACCAACAUGGUUGUCAUUUUCCUGCAAAGAUGAAGAUUGUGAUAUUCAUGAUCUUCCUUCGAAAGCCAGGAAGUUCGAGAGCUUCUUCACGCAACUGUACAGUGUAACUCUUGCUUCUAGUGGGGAACUUAUAUGCAAGGAUUUCUUUCUCUAUAUGGAGAGCAAUCAAUUUGGACUCUUUGCAACUUCAACUGCACAAAUUCAUGAUGCUCCUCCUACAGGAGGGGCAAUUCAGGGUGUCCCUUCAGUUGAAAAAAUAACUUUCCACCUUCUGAGGUUGGAGGAUGGAGCUAUACUUGACGAGAGGGUUUUUCACAAUGAUUAUGUUAAUUUGGCACAUAGUGUUGGUGCUUUCUUGUAUGAUGAUUUGCUUGCUAUAGUGUCCCUUCGUUUUCAAAGAAUACACAUCCUUCAGAUCAGAGAUUCUGGAGAUCUUGUUGAUGUACGAGCAAUUGGGGAAUUCUGCCGUGAAGAUGAUGAGCUUUUUCUCAAUUCCAAUUCCCAGGUGCUUGUAAAUCAUGUUGGAAAUGGUUUUCAUCAUGGUCUGCCUGAUCCAGAGACUUCUUUCCUGAGUGGUAUAAAGCAGCGGCUGCUUUCAUUUAUAUUUCGAGGUAUAUGGAAUGAAGAAACUGACCAGACCAUGCGAGUGCAGUGCCUGAAGAAGAAGUUUUACUUCCACUUUCAAGAUUACAUUGACUUGAUUAUCUGGAAGGUACAAUUUUUGGACCGACAUCACCUAUUGAUCAAGUUUGGCAGUGUUGAUGGUGGGGUAUCUCGAAAUGCUGACAGCCAUCCUUCCUUUUUUGCUGUUUAUAAUAUGGAGACUACUGACAUUGUUGCAUUUUAUCAGAACUCAGCCGAUGAGCUCUAUUUCUUGUUCGAGCUGUUCAGUGACCACUUUCAUGUUUCAUCCAGAAGUUCAUUACAUAUGAACUUCAUGUCCUCUCAUUCAAACAACAUCCACGCCCUCGAGCAACUAAGGUGCACAAAGAAUAAAGCAACCAGUUUUCCUCAAUUUGUUAAGAAGAUGAUGGCCUCCUUGCCUUUUAGUUGUCAGUCUCAGAGCCCUUCCCCUUAUUUUGACCAGUCUUUCUUCAGAUUUGAUGAGAAGCUUAUUUCAGCGAUUGACCGCCAUAGACAGUCUACUGACCAUCCAAUCAAAUUCAUUUCAAGGAGACAACCUAAUAUCCUGAAAUUCAAAAUUAAGCCAGGACCCGAAGCCGGCAGCACGGAUGGGCGGACUAAGAAGAUCUGUUCCUUCCUCUUCCACCCAAUAUUACCCCUUGCAAUUUCUGUUCAACAAACCUUGUUUCUGCAGGCAUCAGUUGUAAAUAUCCAUUUUCGUCGGUAAUGUAGAGAGGAGCUAUUUUAUAUGUUACCUAUUUGUUUAUAAGUUUCUCUAUUAAUAGUAACUUCUAGUUUGAAAUCAACCUAGAAAUUGCAAAUUGAUUAAAACUGAUGCAUAGAAAUGCUAUUUUUCUUCUACUCACCUCUCUGCACUACAAACACUAGAGCCAGACCCCUUGAUAGAAUGCCGAGAGGGUUAGUACGGUCAUUAUGAUUUUUUCUUCUGUAUUGUAUUAAGCUUUUCUUUUCUAGCUGAUGUACAUUCAGAUAUUUAUUUGUGUAGCAGAAUACUGAGAAGACCCUUUUUAGUUCUGUGACUGCUGUAGACUCUUUUGGGGUGUCCCUUUAUUAAUAUUCAAGCUAAGCGAAUGCUUCCAUUA